GUGAUAAGCAAGGUAAUGAGAAGUCUUACACCAAAAUAUGACCAGCUUAUAUGUGCCAUUGAAGAGGCUAAGGAUAUGGAAACCUAUACCUUUGAAGAGCUCAAAUGAUCUCUUCAGGCAUAUGAAGAAAGACACAGAGGUGAGGCUGAAAAGAAUGAAGAACAAGCGUUUCAAGCCCAGAAUGAAUCAACAAAUGAUCAAGCCUUUCAGUACCCAAACAGGGGAAGAGGAAGAGGUAGGGGAGGCUUCAGAGGUGGUCAUGGUGGAAGAGGCAGAGGAAGAGGUUCCUCCAGCCAUGGAGGAAGACAAGGCAAUUCUAAACCUCCUAUUAAAUGUUACUAUUGUAACAAGAAUGGUCAUAAGGAAGCAGAAUGCUGGAGAAAGAAUCCAGAUCUUGCCCCCAAGAGAGAAGAUCAUAGGUCCAAUUAUGCUGAGCAAGAACAAUUAUUUAUUGCUCAUCAUAGCUUGGAUCAUGAUGGAAGUACAGUAUGGUACAUUGAUAGUGGUUGUUCUAACCACAUGACAGGAUCCAAGAGCAUGUUUCAGCAUAUUGAUGAGACUAAGAAAGGCAUUGUCAGAAUAGGAGAUGGAAAGCAACUUGAAGUCAAAGGUCUAGGAGAGAUCACAAUGCAGACAGAACUAGGAGGGAAGAAAGCUUUAUCCAAUGUACAAUAUGUUCCUCAACUAGCUCAUAAUUUGCUAAGUGUUGGACAAUUGGUGGCAGGAGGCUACUCAGUUUCUUUUGCAGAUGGAAUAUGCAAAAUCAAGGAUGGAGGCACAAAAGAAGUCUUGCUAAAGGCUGAAAUGGGAAGAAACAAGCUGUUUCACAUGGACUUGGCAUUAACCAAUGGAAGAGCUUUGGUAGUCAAGGGAGAAGAAAAUGCCAAAUUAUGGCAUCUGAGGUAUGGUCACCUUAACAUAUCCAGCUUGCAAAUUCUAAGUGCUAGAGGCUUUGUUAAAGGCCUACCUAGUAUUGGCACACUGGAACUAUGUGAAGGGUGCAUAUAUGGAAAGCAGUCAAGAGGUUCCUUUCCAAUUGGAGGCUCAUGGAGAGCAAGUGAAUGUCUAGAACUGCUCCAUGCUGAUUUAUGUGGUCCAAUGGAAACUGAGUCAUUAGGAGGCAGUAAGUACUUCUUAUUGAUCACUGAUGAUUUCACUAGAAUGUCCUGGGUCUAUUUUCAAAAGGCCAAGUCUGAAGCCCUUGAAAACUUUAAGAAGUUUAAGGCUUUAGUUGAGAAUCAAACUGGGAAGUCAGUUAAAGCACUAAGGACUGACAGAGGAGGUGAGUUUAAUUCUAAAGCUUUUGCCCAGCUUUGUGAUGAGUAUGGCAUAAGAAGAGAGUUUACUGCACCCUAUACCCCUGAGCAAAAUGGGGUAGCAGAGAGGAAGAACAGGACAGUUGUUGAGAUGGCAAGGAGUAUGUUAAAAGCCAAAAAUAUGCCAACCAAGUUCUGGGGUGAAGCUGUAUCCACAGCUGUGUACAUUCUGAAUGUAUGUCCAACUAGAGCAGUCCCAAAUUGCACACCAUUUGAAGCAUGGAGAAAGAAAAGACCCUCAGUAGGUCAUUUGAAAGUGUUUGGAUGCAUAGCCUACACUCUAGUGAACCAGAGAACUAAACUAGAGGAUAAGGCAGAAAAAUGCAUUCUUAUAGGAUAUUCAACUCAAUCUAAGGCAUAUAGACUCUACAAUCCUCUUACAAAAGGAUUGUUAUUAGCAGAAAUGUGAUCUUUGAUGAAGAUGCAGCCUGGAAUUGGGAGUCCAAUACUGAGCAAGAUGCACCCAGAAUUGUAAGUCUUGAUGAUCAACCUUCACCUCAAUCAGAACCAGCUACUCCUGUCAACUCCUCACCUCCAACCACUCCUCCAAAUUCUCCAAACAACACAAAUGACAGUUCUGAAGUUGGUAACUCAUCAAGCUCUGGCUCAGAAUCUAGCAGUUCAUCAGAUUAUCAUGAGGCUGCCAUCUAUGAUGAGUGGAGACAGGCAAUGCAGGAAGAAAUCAAUGCCAUUGAGAGAAAUAAAACCUGGGAGUUGGUGAAUCUGCCCCAAGAAAAGAAUGUGAUUGGCUUAAGUGGGUGUACAGAACUAAAUACAAUCAAGAUGGAAGUAUUUCUAAGCAUAAGGCUAGGCUUGUAGCCAAAGGUUAUGCUCAGCAAGAAGGGGUGGACUAUGAAGAGACUUUCUCUCCUGUGGCCAGGUUUGAAACUGUAAGGAUUGUCCUUGCAUUUGCUGCGCAAUUGAAGCUGCAUGUGUACCAAUUUGAUGUCAAGUCAGCCUUUCUUAAUGGUGACUUACUUGAGGAAGUGUUUGUUCAUCAACCAGUAGGCUUUGUGAAGAAAGGGGAAGAAGAAAAGGUGUAUAGGCUCAAGAAGGCUCUUUAUGGGCUAAAGCAGGCCCCUAGAGCAUGGUACAGUAAAAUUGAUUCCUUUUUUAUCAACUCAGGAUUUCAGAAGAGUGACAAUGAGCCUACUCUGUAUGUUAAGAAGGAAGGUAUGGAAUUUCUAGUUGUCUACCUCUAUGUUGAUGAUAUUAUCUAUUUCAGUUCUUCACAAAGUCUGCUAACCUCUUUUAAAGCAUCAAUGACCAAUCAGUUUGAGAUGACUGAUUUGGGUCUGCUUCAGUACUUCCUUGGCUUAGAAGUUAAGCAAGGAAAAGAGGGCACCUUUCUUAGCCAGAAGAGGUAUGCUAUCAAUCUCCUAAAAAGGUUUCACAUGGAGGCUUGUGAGACUAUUGCUACACCUAUGAAUGCAAGUGAGAAGCUUCAGAAAUGUGAUGGUACUGAGGAUGCAGAUGUCACACUUUACAGAAGCCUAGUAGGGGGACUCAAUUAUCUAACACAUUCAAGGCCUGAUUUGGCUUAUUGUGUUAGUAUUGUGUCUAGGUACAUGCAAAAACCAUCCAAACAACACUUUGGUGCUGCAAAGAGGAUCUUAAAAUAUGUUGCUGGAACAUUGAAGUAUGGAUUGUGGUACUCAAGUUUGAAAGAGCUCAAAUUGAGAGGGUAUACUGAUAGUGAUUGGGCUGGGUGUAUGGAUGACAGGAAGAGCAUGUCAGGAUCAGUCUUUGACCUAGGAUCAGGGGCAGUAACUUGGAGCUCAAAGAAGCAGGAAACCAUUGCUUUAUCCUCCUCAGAAGUUGAAUAUGUGGUAGCUGGAGCAGCAGCAAAGCAAGCUUUAUGGAUCAGCAAGCUACUGAAGGACUUGGGAUGUUCUCAAUUAGAAGGAAUUGAAUUGUGGUGUGACAACAAAUCUGCUAUAGCAAUGACAAGAAAUCCAGCCUAUCAUUCCAGGACCAAACAUAUUGAUGUUCAACAUCAUUUCAUAAGGCAGCUUGUGGCAAAAGGAAGUAUUUCACUUCAAUUCUGUGGUACUGAAUGGCAAAAUGCAGAUAUGUUCACUAAAGCACUCAAUCAUACAAAGCAUUAUCACUUCAUGAAGAGAAUUGGGAUGACUAAGCUUGGAUCAAGGGGUGGUGUUGAAAGUGAUCCAAGUUAGAAGUGCAUGGCCACAUGCAUACGUAACAUUUGAUACAUUUGCUUAUUAUUUGUUUGGUUAUUAAGCAUUUGAAUAAGUCUAAGGUUGUUACCUAUUGUUUAGAAGGUGUUGGUAGCUAGUGGAUAGGAUUGUUAUGCACGUACAAGCAUGGCUUAAAAUUAGGAGUUUGUUAUUUUCAUUUAGUGGUCAUUAUCUCUUGUAAUAUGGCUAUAUAAAGCCUAAUUCAUUCAAUGAACGUAUGAGCUUUUGAUUGCCUUCUUUAUUGUGUUAUUCUUCGUGUAUAACAAGUUCAACACCAUUGCCUGCACCAAACCUACAGAGAAAACAAAAACCAAAAGGGAAUCUGAUCUACGCUACAUGCUAUCUCCAUCGAGAAAGAAAACGAGAGGAAAUAGAGAGGGCCACAACUGUUGUAUCCGCCUGCCAGUCUAACUGAACCUAACGGAGAAGGAAUCGAGCUGCGACGCCGGAGAAAGAAGCCUGCCGGAAGACAAGCUUGUAUGCCUGAUGAAGUCUGAUCUUUGUCGUCACCUUCGCAGGAUUGAAUCACCGUCCGUCGCCAGAAGGAUGUAGCCACCUCCGUACUGAUUGCUGAGACGUCUUCGCCAGAGCAUGACACCGCCGCAGAGUUGUCGGGCUGUUCUCACGCUGGAAAGGAAGAGGAGCCAUGCCACCGUUGUAUCCGCUGGAGGCAUCACCAGAAGAAAGAACGCCGCUGAACGACUGCAGUCAACAACGGAGCUGCGUUGCCGCCCCGCUACCCUGCGUCGCCGGUUCUCUUAAGUGCUGCGAGGACGACGAUGAACGAAAAGGUGAUCUUGGUGAAGAUCGAGGUAGAAGUUUCGGUUAGGAAGUUAUCUCGAUUUGAGGUGCUGAGUUGGUCCUGUUGAAGUUGCUUUCGAGAGCGCAUCCGUUAGAACA